AUGCAGAUCCAUGUCUCUCCUGCGCUCAGCAGUGCGCCGGUCGGUCUGGGAAUGAGCCGCUGCGUCUUCUUCGUCUUACUCUCUCUUCAGUGGAAAGACAAACGCCGGGAGGCUGCUCUCAGAGCCAGACCCGGGAUGGGCUCUCUGGCGGCCCUGAGGACGGUCCUGGUGUUGGGGUUAGUGGUCGGGCUGGCGGGAUGCGCCCCGGGUCUAAACGGGACGGCGGAGCGCUGGGAGGCCCUGUACUCGCGCUCCCUGGCGCGGAUCCCUGGGGAGAAGCGCGAGGAGACCAACCGGGACAGCGACUACCUGCUGGGCAUCAAACGUCUGCGGAGACUCUAUUGUAAUGUGGGCAUCGGCUUCCAUAUCCAGGUGUUACCGGAUGGGAGAAUAACGGGAGUUCACAACGAAAACCGUCACAGUCUGCUGCAGAUCUCUCCAGUGGAGAGGGGUGUGGUGACUCUGCUGGGCAUCCGCAGCGGAUUCUUUGUGGCUAUGAAUCGGAGGGGGAAGCUGUAUGGAUCUCUGCACUUUAACAACGAGUGUAAGUUCAGAGAGAACCUCCUCGCCAACAACUACAAUGCCUACGAGUCAGCCGCCUACCCGAAGAUGUACAUCGGCCUGAGUAAGAACGGCAAAACUAAAAGAGGAAACCGAGUGUCUCCAGCCAUGACAGUGACACAUUUCUUACCAAGAAUCUAA